CCCCCUCCCUCUCCUCUCUCUUAAAAAAAAAAAAAGAGGAAUCUAAAGAAGUUGGUUAAUAGCAGAAGAGAGAGAAAGUGAUUUGGGGGAGACAAGUAAGUGGGAAGACAAUAGAGAUAGUACAAAAACCAAACAUAAAUGUUAGGAAAAAUAAAAAAAUGUAAAAACGAAAAAUAAACAUAUAUAACCCAACUGUAAUAUACUAUUCAGGCAUCUCAGUCCUCAGUAACCUAAUCCAUGAAAAAUAAUUGGUUUUGCAAGUGUUGGGGAUGUGAGGGCAGGAGAAGAGAGAAAAAGAAAAGAAAAAAGAAUAGAAAGAAAGAAAACAAAAAACAUCUGGAAAGAAAAUCUCAUGACUGUUUCUGUUGGAGUUCACUAUCUUUCUUGCUUCCCUUCUCAUCCACUAGGUGGGGUUGUUUGUUGUUUGCUGGUAUCUCCACCCUCAGGGUGCUGAAGGUUACUAGGGUGGGAGGGUUAGUUUUGGUGGUGGAACUCCUGGAGGUGGAGUAUAGCACUUGCUGGUCCUCAUUGGGAGACUGAUGUGAGCGCCUGGUCUGACUUCUUUAUAUCACCUGUGGGCCUCACAAUUCCUGGCCUUUACUUUACCCUCUAAACUGUAUCACUCACCUCCUCCCUAUCUACUUCCCAAUCAGGAGCUGAUCUUUCCAGAGGUCUUGUGGGCUGUGCUCUGAGGCCUUCACACUUGUCGCACUAGUCACAGAGAGCUGUUUUAUAUUGGGCAUAUCUGACCAGUCUUUGGGAGCUACUGACCAGCCACAUAGCUGCAAGCACUGUUCCCAAUUAGUGGCUGCGGGGGAGCGGGAGAGUUGGGGACUAUAGUUAAAUUGAUAUUGCUUCUACCACCCUGCCAGUGUUCCAAGCUGAGUGUUGCCCCUAUUAAAUAUCGUGACAAAGGUGUCCCAAGUUCGAGGUGGUGGUUUCAGAGAUGGGAUGUCAGGUUGGGCUGGGUGGUGGCAUUGAGUGGCAUUGAAGAUGCAGCUCUGGGUGUGCAGUGUUGUGGCUGGAAGCUAUCUCCAGACCCUGUCCAGUGUCCCCAAGUGCAGGGAACUAUGGCAGUGGUUGCAGUGUCCCAAAAUGGAGGCUACUGGGGGAGCCCCAUGCUGGUAGAUGGGGGUCCACACAGAAGUGGCUGCCAGGGGCCUGCGUGAGAGUGGUGGACGGGGGUCCUGAAUGGUAGAGGUGGCCGAAUGUUUUCUCUAAUAUGCAGAUGCUAAUUCACAAUAAGUGGUUGGGGGCUCUAGAGAAGAAUAGCAUUACCUUAGAUUAGGUAGAGGAAAGUGAAGGGAGGGGAGGGGAGGGGAUGUGGGGAUAGGAAAGAUAGUAGAACAAAACUCACAUUUUUACUGUAUGCAUAUAUGUGGCUGCAUGACCAAUACGAUUCUACAACAUGUACACUGAGAAAAAUGAGAAAUUGUAUCACAUCUAUGUAUGAUAUAUCAAGUGCAUAAAUCCAUUCUACUCUCAUGUAUAACUAAUUAAAACAAAGAAAAAAUUUUAAAAAAGCCUUGGAAAUCUAUCUAACAAAAGAAGUGAAAGACUUCUACAAUGUAAACUAUAGAACACUAAGAAAAAGUAUUGAAUAAUACCUUAGAAGAUGGAAAGACCUCUCAUGUUCUUGGACAGAAAGAAUUAAUAUUGUCAAAAUAGCCAUACUUCCCAAAGCUUUAUACAGAUUCAGUGCAAUUUCCAUCAAAAUUCCAAUGAUGUUCUUCAUUCAACUGGAAAUAUUAGUUAUGAAAUUCAUUUAGAAAAAUAAGAAACCAGGAAUAGCCAAAGCAAUCCUUAGUGAGAACAGCACAGCAGGAAGCAUCACAAUACAGGACUCAAAUUAUGCUACAGAGCUAUUAUGCUACAGAGUAAGAAAGAGAGACUGUCACCAAAAAAGGCAUGAAGACCAAUGGAGUAAUGACGUAGAGAGAAAUCCACAUAAAUACUGUUAUCGCAUACUAGACAAAGAUGCCAAAAACAUACAUUGGAAAAAAGAUAACGAAAGGUGCUGGAAACCCUGGAAAUCCAUAUGUAGUGGAAUGAAAUUUAACCCCUGUCCUUCACCCUGCACAAAACUCAAAGUGGAUCAAAGACCUAGGAUUUUGACCAGAAACCCUGCAACUCCUAGAAGAUAAUAUAGUCCCAAUACUCCAACAUGUAUGUUUGUUCAGGAACCGAGUUCCCUAAAAGACUCUUAAAAGUGAAAAAAGGAAAAUAAAUAAAUAAACAAAUGGGAUGUCAUCAAAUGAAAAAUCUUUUUCAUGGAGUUGCCAGUGUAGCUCAGUGGUAGAGUGCUUUCCUAGCACAUAUGAAGCACUAGGUCCAAUCCCCAGCACCACAAGGUCUUGUGGCCAGCUAUUCAGACAUGUCAGUCCUCAGUAACCUAAUCCAUGAAACAAUUAAGUGUGUGAAAAGAGAGCCAACUGGAUGGGAGAAAAAUUGUGCCACCCGCUCCUCAGAUGGAGCAAUAAUAUUUAGUUCAUACAAAGAACUCAAAAAAGUUAACACCAAAAUAAAACAACAACAGCAGCAGCAACAGGCAAAUAAUCCAAUCAACAAAUGGGCAAAAGAAGAAAUUUAUGAAAAAGUGUUCAACUUUUGUAGCAAUUAGAGUAUUGAAAAUUAAAACUACACUGAGAUACCAUCUCACUCCAGUCAGAAUGGCAAUAAUCAAGAAUACAAACAACAAAUGUUGGCGAAUAUGUGGGGAAAAUGGUACACUCACACAUUGUUGAUGGGGACUGCAAAGUAGCACAAUCUCUCCAAAGCAGUAGGAAAAAAAAUAAAAAAAUGGAACCCCUCAUAUGACCCAGUUACCCUACUCCUCAGUAUAUAUAUCCAAAAAAUUUUAAAUCAGCAUACUACAGGGAGGCAGCCACACCAAUGUUUAUAGCAACACAAUUCACAAUAGCCAAGGAAUGGAGCCAACCUAGGUGCCCUUCAACAGAUGAAUGGAUAAAGAAAACAUGGCAUAUAUACACAACGGACUUUUAUUCAGCCAUAAAGAAGAAUGACUUUGUAGUCUUUGCCAGUUAAUUGAUGGAACUGGAGACUAUCAUACCAAGAGACAUAAGCCAGUCCCCAAAAGUAAGAGGUAAAAUAUUUUUAUGAUAUGCAGAAGCUAAUCCAAAAUAAGGAAGGCUGAAGAAAAAAAAAGAAUAGAAGAAAGAGCAGUGGAGUAGACAAAGGGGACUGAAGGGGAGGGCUGGGAUAGGGAAAGACAGUGCAGUGAACCUGACCUAGCUUUCCUAUGUACAUGUGUGACUGUACCACAGUGAAUCUCAUUAUCAUGCACAUGCACAGGACAGUAAUUUAAAAAAAAAAAAACUAUAAAUAAAUAGCAGAAAUAUCAGUCAAGUAGAAGGAAGGGAACAUGGGGAGGGAGGAGGAUAGGAGAAGAGGAAGUACUGGGGACUGAAUUUGAACAAAUUAUAUUCCAUUGCUUUUGUUAUUAUGUCAAAAUGAAUUCUAUUAUCACGGAUAACUGAAAAGAACCAAGAAAAAAGUAAUAUGUAUUUUGAACAUUUUUUGGGUAUUAUAUAAACACUUCCAGUUAGAUUUGGCAUAGCACCCAUAGUCAAAUUGAUUUUAUAGUAAAAUAUCUUAAAUAUGUUUAUACAAGCUGUUAGUUUAGGUUAGGUUUUGCUGCCAAGUCAAUUCAGACCACGUCAAUGUUGUCCAUCAAAUGAGUCCCCCCAUUCCACCCCACAAAUGGAUUUUAACACUUCUGAGAUUUCAAAUUAGAAAUAAGAGUGUAUGGAUGGGUCUGCAGUUAGUUACUCCACAUCAUGUGAAAGAAUCAUCUUAGGCUCUGCUGACACUGAGUCCUGGGAAGAGAAUUCAGCAUCACCUGUUUUAGGCCUUAGAGUUAGCCGGUUUGUUGAAAUUCAAGUCAGGGAGAACCAGAACCAAGGAUUUGGCCUUGGAGCAGAAGCCUGUGGGAGCAAAGAGAAUGCAGAGGAAAGUGUGUCUGCCACAGAGAUGCAGGAGCCGGCACCAUUGAGCCAUGGCUCUGAGCACUUCAACACUGGCGCUUCAGCCACAGAGGGGAAGCUGGAAGAUGCAGGUCCUCUUUCAAAUAUGUUAGCUCCAAACGAGAAAGACCCUUCCCAGCUUCAUGGGGUUGGAGUGGUUUCCAGAGCUCUAUCCUGGUUCUCUUGGACUAGGGGUGUUGCCCGGGAAGCCUCAGUAUUGGAACUCAGUGGCCCAGAGGCCUCAGCUCUCCAACUCUUGGGAGCUGUGUGCAGAGGCUGGAUUUGGUGCAACACCACAGUGAGGAAGAGCUGGGUUGGUGGCAUCACCAUGCUCUUCACAGGGUACUUCACCCUCUGCUGUAGCCGAAGCUUCUGGCCUCUGAAGGUGCAGCACUGGGGACCCCCCCACCCGCCAUCCAGGCCUCUGUGUUGCUGCAAAUGUGGUUCUUGUGAUUCUGCGUGUGUUUUGCUGUUGGAGACACCGCCUGGAGAGCUGGGAGUUUCUUCCUUCGACAGCUGAGGUGGAAGUAAUACAAAGACCAUUGGCAUGAAGCUGAGAUUAGGCUCACAGAUCUCUGAGCCUUGUCUGUAAUGUAAUCUGGGUCAUGUUGAUGUUAGGGAAGCUUGGGAAAGUCAACCUGGAAGGUUUUUAGUCCAAGGGAUGGAACUGCUCAAGAGUGAAGAACAUCUUCUGAUGAAAUUAACAUGCGUACUGGUAAUUCUAUAGGUAGAACUAUUUGAUUAUCAACUGCUUGAAGUUGUAGUUCUCCAGGUUUUAAGUAAGAGGUGGAACCCAGGUAAGAAUCAAAAUUUAAGUCUUCAUAAUCUGUAUACUUACAGCUUCAAUAUCAUUGGUGGCCUGUUGUUUUUACUGUUAAGGAAGGGUCAUUAAUUUCAUCCAUUCUACAUAAAAUUUGUAAUGAGGGAAGCACAAUUAUAAUGAGGCUAAUGUGAAUGUAAUACUUCAGAUGGUCUAAACUUCUUGAGUAUCUGUGGUGCCUGUGUGAGUGAGUUUUGAGGUAAGUAUAAGGGAGAUAAUAUCAGGAACUACGGAGCUGAUCGAGAAUAGGAUUAAAAGUGUCUGGUUGUGAAAGUGUAAUAGUUCUUCUAUAAUAGAUGAUGUAGCAUCUUGAAAUCCUAGUUCAAUUUGGUAAGCCAUGAAGAUAAAAAGGAUUCUAACCUAUAAAUUAACUUUGACAAAGUUAUGUAAAUUUUCACUAACAUCUUAUAAAGAAAGUUAUAAUGGUUAUGGGGCUGGCUUGAAAGUAGUCAUAGGAGUUUGGAUUCUUCUCUUUCUUGAAUUAUGUUUUAACAUAGGUUGGUUCUUCAAAUGUGGUAAGGUGGAGGGAUCCAUGCAGUCACUCCGGGUUAGUUGUUGACAGUCUAAAAUUAGGACUUCUCGUUUUGAUGUGAUGCCCCUCACAUUAUAACAAUUAUAAUUAUUACAGCUGUAAGAGAGAUAAAUGACCCUUUGAAGGAUUCAGUAUUUCAUGUUGUAUACAUGUCUGGGUAGUCAGUAUUGUUGUGGUAUGCCAGAUAAUCCUAGGAAAAGUAUUGGGAAGAAAUUGAAAUUCACUCCUACAAUAUAAAAGUGAAGUGAAUUUUAGCUCAUGUAGCAUCUAGGGUAUAACCAGAGAACAGAGGGAAUCAAUGAACAUAUUGUCCCAUUAUUGCAAACACAGCCCCAUGGGUAGGACUUAGUGAAAAUGAGCUACUACAUAAUAUGUAGUAUGUAAUGCAAUGUCUAUUGCUGAGUCAGCUAGAACAAUUCCUGUGUGGCCUCCUACAGUAAGUAGGCAAACAAAGCCCAGGGCCCUUUAAUAUUGCCACUGUGUAAAGUUGCCAGUCAGCUGAAAACUCUGGUUGGAAUAGCCGUAAUUAUGGUUGCUGAUGUGAAGUAUGCUCAGGUGACCACAGCCAUUCCUACAGUAAGUAUAUGGUGUGCUCAUAUGAUGAAUCCUAAAAAGCGAAUGGAUGUUGUAGCUCAAACUAUCCCAUAUAUCCAAAAGAAUAGAAUCAGAACGUAUAUUUCUGGAUGUCCAAGAAACAGAAUAGGUGUUGAUAAAGCAUAGGUUUUCCCUCCGGCAUGGUCGAAAAACAUCAUAUUUAGGUUAGGAUCUGUGAGGAGUAUGGACAUUCCUGCUGCAGGAACUGGGAGGGAUGGGAGGAGUAGCAUGGCUGUAAUUAUUACUGCUCAUACAAAGAGUGGAGUCUGGAAUUGUGAUACGGCAGGGGGUUUUAUGUUCAUAAUGGUAGUAAUAAAAUUAAUUGCCCCUAGGAUGGAUGAAACACCUGCUCAGUGGAGUGAGAAAAUAGAUCUACUGAGGCUCCUGUGUGUGCAAGGUUCCCAGCUAGUGGGGGAUAUACUGCUCAACCGGUUCUUGUGCCUGCUUCAACUACAGAGGAGGCGAGAAGGAGAAGAAAUGAUGGAG